AUGGAUACUGAACAAAAUGCUGCGAAGUCUCCAGCGAAAGCUGCUCAUGUUAAUAUGAUGACAGACUGCAUCAUUGCGAAUAUGCCAGCGGACGGUCUACGAUCAAUACUUCGAGGUCUUUUAGGAGAAAAUACUUCAAAUACAGCCGGUCUCACCAAACUUGCUGCAAAGUAUCUUGCAAACACGAAGCCAUCAUCCAUACCGGAGCUCUUCAGCACAUCUGGCGGAUCACCACGACCAACUUCAGACCUUCAGCGAAUUCAAAGUCGAUAUAGGUGUCUGAUGGGCUGUGGAUUUGGAUUCGAAAGUGUGGAACUUCUCACCAGCGUCAUGCAACAAAUACAUAAUUUGGAGUGGGACGAAAGAACUGCAGAAGGAGAAGAGUUCUUGGAUAUUCUAGCAACUAUCGAUGGGGAUAUCGUACAGUCAAUAACAGCGGUACAAAAAUUACUUCUUACCAGUUCAGGAAUGCGCCCUAUGAAUACCGAAGAUUCCAAGACUAUUGCUACAUUACGAGAAGUACUACAUGCCUGCAGAAGAAUCGCUGUUGCUCGCGGGCAAGAUUUUCCCUUUGACCGUGGGCUUUGUUGUCUCGAGAAACUGAUUGAAGGAACUGGCGGCGAAAUUCAACCUUUACAGAGGAAUGAAAUUCGUCGGACAAAUGGAUUUCAAUCAUCGAAAAGUGCAUUAGAAUCAUUCCAAUUGGGGCCGGCUGAAGUACCCAGAAUGUUCAUGGGGCUCUGGCAAUUCUCUAGUCCUGCUUGGGGGACUGCUUCUAGAUCGAAGAUUGAUCGUCAUUUUAGGAAGCAUGUCGAUUUUGGGCUUAUUGCAUAUGAUAUGGCUGAUCAUUAUGGUGAUGCCGAAGUGACAUUCGGACAAUUUCGAUCGGGACAAGAAGACUCCGAGAAGAUAUACUGUGCGACGAAAUGGGCUGUCUUCGAACCUAUCCAAGUAACAAAAGAGGUUGUAGACGCAAAUGUGUCAGAGCGUCUCACUGCGAUAAACUCUACAAGCGUGGAAUUGCUCCAAUUUCAUUGGCAAGAUUACAACGAUCACCAAUAUGUGGAAGCAGCGCGAUUGAUAGAGAUGCAUCCCAACGUCCAAAGCUUGGGUCUCUGCAAUUUCGACUCAGAUCACAUGUGCGAAAUUUUGGAAAGCGGUGUCAAGGCAGUUUCGAACCAAGUUCAGUUCUCCCUGAUAGAUCUGAGACCCACUUUUAAGAUGGCUGAAAGCUGUAGGAAACAUAACGUUAAACUACUCACUUAUGGCUCUUUAUGUGGUGGGUUCUUAGCUGAUAAAUGGGUUGGAAAACCUGCUCCCAAUCUUUUCGACGAGAACAUGACCCCAAGUCAUCGAAAAUAUUUCGAAAUGAUCAACAUAUGGGGAGGAUGGAUACUUUUUCAAGAACUACUGAACAUUCUGGCAAAAAUUGGAUCCAAGCAUAACGUUUCUGUUUCCAGUGCGGCGAUAAGAUGGGUGUUGGACCACGAUUAUGUCGGGGCUGUCAUAAUAGGCGCAAGAAUGGGGAUCAGCGAGCACAUCGAUGAAAAUCUUAAAGCUUUCUCAUUUGUUCUCGACGUAGAAGAUAAAGGGGCGAUACAAAGUGUAUUGAAUAGAUCAAGAGCUAAAGAUGUCUUCGAAGCCAUGGGAGAUUGUGGAGCGGAAUAUAGACAGUAA